AUGAUGGGGGUGGUGGAUGCUUCCAUAGGGUGGCUGGUGCAAACCAUCCUUGGGAGCCUCUUCACCGAACAGAUCCAAACCUGGGCUCGUGGUGUUGGGCUUGACGAAGAUGUGGAGAACCUCAAGUUUGAGAUGAGGAACGUGCAGAUGGUACUUGCUGCAGCUGAUGGAAGGAGGAUUGAAAACAAGCCACUGGCCCAGUCCCUGGAUGAGCUCAAAGAGCUGCUUUAUGAUGCUGAAGAUGUGAUGGACGAGGUAGACUACUACCGCCUCCAACAACAGGUCGAACAAGGGGAAGGCUGUACUGAUCCUGAGGAGAGUUCUGUGUCUUCUUCCACUCCAUCUUUGCAACUAGCAUGUACUAGUGCCACAAGCCGAAUUGUUGGUUGGUGCAGACGUGACAGAAAAAGGAAGAGAGAGGAAGAGCCAACUUAUAGCACCAUUUCUGAGAGGAUCAGGGGGAUAGUGGAUCAUUUGGGUAAACUUCGCAGUUCUGCGCGGGAGGUUCUUCAGCUAGAGAUCUCACGCCCCAUUACUAUGGCAAACCAGAGUCAGUGUGUGGUCAGGAACACGCGCCUGACAACUUCUUUUCCAGUUGAAGACAAGGUAUACGGAAGGGAUACGGAGAGGGACAAGAUAGUAGAUCUGUUAAUCAAAGGGAAAUCUAGUGAUCUACAAAUUCUGCCUAUAGUUGGCAUCGGUGGUGUUGGGAAGACGACACUUGCUAGAUUUGUUUACGGUGAUCGAAGAAUCAAAAAACAUUUUGAUCUGCGAAUGUGGGUUUGCGUCUCCACUAACUUUGACACAAUGAGACUAACGCGCGAGAUCUUGGAACAUGUAUGCACAGAUAGACAACAGUUCGAAAAAAUCACCAACUUCAACGUGCUGCAGGAUAUCCUUCUGAAGAAUCUUGAAAACAAAAGGUUCCUGCUUGUAUUUGAUGACAUGUGGGAGGAAAAGGACAGGAGAGGAUGGUUUAGUCUGUUAGCUCCACUAAAACACAAUCAUGUACCUGGCUGCAUGAUUUUAGCAACAACUCGAAGACCAUCAGUUGCAAAAAUGAUAGAAACAAUGGAUUCGGUAUCAGUGAAAGGUCUGGAUGAAAAAGAAUUUUGGCUGUUCUUCAAGGCAUGUGCAUUUGGUAAUGAAAGCCAUGAGGGCCAUCCUAAUUUGCAGUCCAUUGGGCAGCAUAUUGUCAAAGCACUAAAGGGUUGUCCACUAGCUGCACGGAGUGUUGGUGCUCUUUUGAACAAAGAUAUUACCUACGAGCACUGGAGGACAGUUCAAAACAAAUGGAAAUCUCUUCAAGAAGAUACUGAUGAUAUUUUACCUAUCUUGAAGCUCAGUUAUGAUUUUUUACCGGUGCACCUGCAGCAGUGUUUCUCAUACUGCUCUCUGUUUCCAGAGGACUAUAGAUUUAAUGGGGAAAAUUUGGUCCGUUAUUGGAUAUCACAAAAUUUUGUGCAGUGUGAAGACCCUACCAAGAGAUUGGAGGAAACAGGGAAGCAAUAUUUGGAUAACUUAGUGGAUUUAGGCUUUUUUCAAAAGGUUGACUCGGACUAUGUCAUGCAUGACCUAAUGCAUGAAAUGGCUCAGAUGGUUUCGCUAACUGAGUAUGCCACCAUAAAUGGAUCCAACUCUAUGGCCAUUAAACCAAGUGUUCGCCACUUGUCAAUCAUAACCACUGCUUAUGAGAAACAUGGACAUUGCAGUAUCCCUUGUGACAAGUUUGAGAACAUACUAGAGAAUAUUGGGUCCUCAGAAAAAUUGAGGACCUUGAUAGUUUUCGGCAGAAGCAGCAUACAUUUAUUAAGGCUCCUACACACCUUAUGCAUGAAGUCAAAAAGUUUACGAGUCGUGAGGAUUUAUGUGACGCAUAAUGAUGUCAGCACUACAUCUGAUUUGUUAAAUCCAUAUCAUCUUCGCUAUCUUGAAUUUAUCGGUGUGUUCUCCAACACAAAUAUUUGGUCAAAUGUAGACCUUAAGAAGAAUAUUGUUCUUCCUCAAGCUUUGACAAAAUUUUACCACCUUCAAUUCUUCAACGUCGACAUUGGAAGCAAUAUUUCUGUACCUACCAGUAUGAAUAACCUCAUUAAUUUACGGAGUAUUGUUGGUCAUGAGAAAGUGCACUCAGAAAUCGCUGGUGUUGGCAAGUUGACCUCUCUUCAAGGACUAAAAUUGAAGGUCCGAAGUGUUGAUGAAUUUGACAUAAGACAACUUCGAUCCAUGACCAAGCUUUUAACUCUUGAAAUUUCUCAACUUGAAAAUGUGAAGACAAAAGAACAGGCCAGUGGAGCUAGGCUGAUAGACAAAGAGUAUCUGCAAGAGUUAUCCUUUAUCAGUGUGGGCCUUGAUCCUUGUACAGCUAGAAGAACAGAAGAUGUGCUUGAGGGUCUUCAACCUCAUGAGAACCUAAAAAGUCUACGUAUAACUGGGUACAAUGGUGUUAACUCACCAGCCUGGCUUGCUGGUAAUAUGUCUAUUAAGAUGCUGCAGAUACUUCAUUUGGAGAAUUGCAAUGAAUGGCGAAUUCUUCCUCUCCAAUUGCUUCCGUUCCUUAGGAAGCUGAAAAUGAUCAGGAUGUGGAACUUGAUGGAAAUUUCAAUUCCUUCUUUGGAAGAGUUGGUCUUGAUUGAGAUGCCAAGAUUGGAAAAAUGUCUUGGUACUUAUGGGGUGGAAUUGACCUCCAAACUUAGGGUAAUUAUCAUCAAGGGCUGCCCUCAACUGAACGAGUUUACUAUUUUUCAUAGUUACUCUUCUUUCCGUGCCGAGCAGCAGUCAUGGUUUCCGUUUCUCAGCAAACUGGCCAUCUGUUAUUGUCCUCGUGUAAUGAACUGGGAAAUCCUUCCACUGGGAGGAAUGCGGGCACUCAAGGAUUUGAAGUUAAUGGACCUGCAUCUUGUGAGAGAGUUGUCAGUUCCUUCUCUGGAGAACUUGGAGUUGAUUACAAUGCCAAGACUAGAAAGAUGCAGCGGGCUGACGGCUCCUCCAUCUUCGCCUUCACAGGAGGAACAGAAUGUGUAUCUAUCUAGUCUCCGUAGACUCAUCCUCCAAGACUGCCCUAGUCUGAUGAUGGUCUCGCGUCCUCUCCCACCUUCUGCUCAUAUACGGGAAAUUUCCAUCAAAGGAAAACUAUCAAUAGAUAUAGAUAGCAUAUCGCUCAAGAUAGCAUCCAGUGAGUUGAGUGUGCUGGAUGACCGGAUCUUAGCAUUCCAUAAUCUUAGGGGCAUGACAUCGUUGAGCAUAGGGAAUUGUCCAAAAUUGAUUUCUAUUUCAAGUGCAAGUUUCAGCCAGCUCACCUGUUUAGUGUCUUUGAGUAUACACAACUGCUCUAACUUGCUCAAGCCACCCAUCACGUUAGAGGCUGCAUCGGAAACCAUUCCUGCCCUCCCAUCUCUCAAACAUCUCGAUAUUUCUUCUUCCGGCAUAGCAGGGGGGUGGCUGACUAACAUGCUUCCUCAUUUGCGGUCCCUUGAGGAAUUGAGCCUCCAAGACUGUCCCCAAAUAAAAUGGUUAUCGAUUGGUCAACCCACAGAACCGGAAGGAAGCAGCAGUUUGGUUUCAGCAGUGGCGUUGUCUGCAGAAGACCAAACACUACUGAAAGUGCCAUCUAACAUCCUCUGUUCUCUAAAGCAGCUAACUAUUUCUGGAUGUGUAGAUCUGGGGUUUUAUGGUGGCAAGGGAGGCUUCGGAGGAUUCACCACUCUUGAGAAGCUACAGAUUGAUGGUUGCCCAAAGCUGGGUUCGUUGUUGGUCAACGGCACAAAAGACGAUGGUACUAGUAACAUGGAUGUUGCAUUACUCCCACCGUCCCUUAAGAAGCUAGGCAUUUCUGGUUGUCCCAAGCUGGUGUCGCUGUUGGCUAGGGAUAGAAAAGAUGAUAUUAGUAACGUGGAUGUUGGAUUACUCCCGUCGUCACUUGAAGUGCUUUCUCUUAGUCAUCUCCCAGAAAACUUGCAGUCCUACUUCCUUAAAGGCUUGGCCUACCUCAGGGACUUGAGACUCGGGGAUAGCCCAUUUUUUAAGUGUGUACAGCUCCAUUUGUGCACGGCCUUGGAGGAUCUGCAAAUUUGGGGGUGUGAACAGCUUGGUGCAUUGGAGGGCUUGCAAUUCCUCACCACUCUUAGAAGCAUGAAAAUUUCUAGGUGUCAACAGCUGGGUGCGUUGGAGGGCUUGCAAUUCCUCACCUCUCUUCAAAGCUUGAUAAUUUCGAGCUGUCCACAGCUAGGUGCGUUGGAGGGCUUGCAAUUGCUCAGUUCUCUUGGAAGCUUGGAAAUAGAAUUGACUCCUACGUUAUCUGCUGCAUGGGAGCGGGAUCCAAAGCUACAGGAGCAAGAACAGGGUGGAAAUCAUAUUGGACUGCUUCCUCCGUCAAUUACCAGACUUGUGAUCCGGAAUCUCACAAACAAUGUCCAGUCCCGUCUGCUAUCCUGUCUCCCUGCCAUAACUGAACUAGCAGUACGGGAAAGUCCAGAAUUGACAUCUCUACAGCUGGGAUACUGCACGGCACUGACAGAGUUAGAAAUUAGAGAUUGUGACUCGCUUGCUUCUCUACAGCUGGGAUACUGCACGGCACUGACAAAGUUAAAAAUUAGAGAUUGUGAGUCACUUGCUUCUCUACAGCUGGGAUACUGCACGGCACUGACAGAGUUAGAAAUUAGAGAUUGUGACUCGCUUGCUUCUCUACAGCUGGGAUACUGCACGGCACUAACAGAGUUAGAAAUUAGAGAUUGUGACUCGCUUGCUUCUCUACAGCUGGGAUACUGCACGGCACUGACAAAGUUAAAAAUUAGAGAUUGUGAGUCACUUGCUUCCAUCGAGGGAUUCCAGUUCAUUACAAACCUGACGUCCUUCACAGUAGCUGCCUCGUCCAGCUUACCUCCAUGGAUGGAGCUUUUGUUGCAGCAGCAAGGGGUCUGUGAGGUCUUGUCUGGACUGGAAAGACUUGAGAUUAUUGGGGAUGCCUCUGUCCUUACCAUGCCCCUCUGCCAACAGCUCACGUCUCUACGAUGUCUGAUAUUCAGUGGAAAAGAAACGAGCUCGAUGGUGAGCCUAACGGAGGAACACGAGAGAGCGCUUCAGCUGCUCACCUCCCUCCAACUACUCAUAUUUAUUGGCUUCCCCAACCUCCUUUCACUUCCUGCAAUUCUGCGAAGACUUGUCUCCCUCAAGUUUCUGGGAAUCUGGUCCUGUCCGAGCAUCUCAGAGCUGCCGGAAAUGGCAUCUUCAUGUGGACUUUCUGUGUGCCAUUGCAGCGAGGAGCUAUCUCGGCGAUGCAAAGAAUGGGUGGAACUGAGAAUGGAGACGAUUGAUUAUGAGAAUAGCCUAUUUUUGGGCUUGAUGGACUAA